UUGAAAAAUAAUAAGGAAGUGAAAUGUUACUGAUCAAAAAACACUUUGAGAAAUUUCCUUGGCUGUCAUAAUCACAGGAACUACAAGGGCUUUUCCGUAAAUAUUGCGUGUUUUUUGCAAAAUUAGGAGGAGUACAUAAAUCAACUAAACGUGUUACCGUACCACUAAAGAAAUUUUCGAAAUUGUAUGGCAAAACCGGUGAUUGUGACACACAUGAGAAUUCAAUAUAUCAUACAGAAGCAGUUUCAGAUGCUACAAACUUUUUAAAAAUUUACGAAAAUCCAGAGAAGGAUAUAAGAGAUAUGAUAGGUUCAGAGCGAAUUAAACAAGUAUCAGAAAAUCGGCAAAGAUUGACUCCUAUAGUAGAAUCUAUAAUUUUCUUAGGACUCCAAAAUAUACUACUUAGAGGGCAUAGAGAUAGCGGACGACUUUUUUCUGAUGACAGCACGAAUGACGAGGAUGUCCUUAAUAGUGAAGGGAAUUUUAGAGAACUAAUACGGUUUGGAGUCGAGAGCGGCGACAAUUUAUUGAAAAAAAAACUUAGAGAACUCAAGCUUUUGAGCAUACGCUACGUACAUAAGCAGCCGCAUCCAAAUGAAAUUAUAGAAUGUUGUGGCGAAGAAAUAUUGGAUACAGUUUUAUGUCGCGUCAGGCAAAGUCAGUAUUACAGUAUUAUAUUUGACGAAACUACAGCCAUUAGCCAUAAAUCACAAAUGCCAAUCGUAUUGCGGUAUUGUUAUCAAAAACAUAUUUACGAAGACUUCAUGGGAUUUGUGGAUUGCUACUCAAAUUUUGAUGAAGAUACAAUGGAGCCCAAACUCACAGGCCAAAUUCUUGCUCAAACAGCUAAGCAUUUCAUUAAAACCAAUAACUUAGACUCAAAACCAUGUGUGGGCAUUGGUAUUGAUACGUGUAACCUAAUGUUAGGUGAACAAAAGGGCGCUGUAAUGGAAUUGCAAAAAUGUUUGCCAAAUGCUCUAAAAAGCCAAUGCGCAAAUUAUGUCUUGAAUCUUUCGAUUUCAAAAAGCAGCAGUGUCCAAGCAGUAAGAAAUACUGUAGGUAAAAUGAAGGAAGUAAUUGCGUUCUUCAAAACAUCCGCUAAAAGAAAUACAGUAUUAAAAAGAAAACUAGACGGAUAUCGAAUUCAUAGUAUGUGCGAAACACGAUGGACCGAGAGACAUGAUUCUGUUCUCCAAUUUGAAAGCAAAUUCGAGAAAAUUGUAGAGGUACUAAAUAUUAUCUCAAAUUGGAAAGACCGACAAGCUUCUUCAAAAGCGGAGUCCUUGAAGAUUGCCAUUACUGCCACCCAAUGUAUCGUAUCACUAAAGUAUUUGUGUGAUACGAGUAUAUUAGCUUUAUCAGACAACCUGAGUAAGAUUUUACAAUAAAAAACAAUUGACAAACAAUACGCUGUCAAACUCAUAGGAAAUAUUAUUUCAGUUGUAUAAGAAAGACGCGCAAAUUCCGAAAAACACUUGAGAAUACUAUUCGCAUCUAUAAUGAAUUCACACGAAACCCUGGGUAUUGAACUGACUGUGCCAAGAAUAACAAGCAGACAAAUGAACAGACCGAACAUAGUUACGUCUCACAAGGACAACCAUUACAGACUGAAUCUAUAUGUCCCUUUGCUAAAUAAUAUAUUACAUGAUUUGGUAUACCGGUUCAAUGAAGAAUCUUUGAAUAUAUACAAUUUCAAUAUUUUCUUUGCGUCAGUAAUCUCUAAAUAUUUGCAUGUACUAAAUAGUAACGAAAACAAAAAUUUAAUAAGUACCAGAUUAAAAGCAGAAUUUGACCUUUGGAAGUCACGUAGACAAGAUAUUAUAGACAGUGGAAUGUCACUGUAUUUGUCAUGUGAUGAACACAUUUUUCCUUCAAUUAAUAGAUGCCUACAAUUAUUGAUUUCAUUGCCGGUAAGUGUUGCGACAUCUGAAAGAAGUAUCUCCCAUUUAAAGAGGAUAAAAACUUGGCUGCGCUCCACUAUGUUACAAGAACGAUUAGUGGGUUUAGCUCUUUUGUAUAUGCAUAGGGAUAUUAAAAUAGACGUGAAUAGAAUCAUAGAUCGGUUCUCUAGCAAAAAGAAUGGGCGCCGUGAUUUUGUAAUAUAACACCUGAACUUUGCCUAAUGUCAAAUCCAUCUCCCUUCUGUUGGCCAAUAAAUAAAAAUGCAGAAGUAGUUGAGGGUUUACUUACGUUUAAACCACCACGGCGAUCUUUUCUAAAGUAUCCAAUCAAGAAAUGUGGUUUUAUUUACUGGCCAGCAGAUUGAUAUAACAGUCUGUUCAAAUUCUGUUAAAAUCAC